AUGGAGACUAAUACCCUUAUUGCCACCAAUAAUAGCGGUAGUUUGGCUCAUGAUGUGGGACCAUUAAAGAACUGGUUAUUGAAAAGUGGUAUUGGUGAGAUGCAAUUGAUCCAUCUACCUAGCUUUAAAAGAGUCCUUGUGGUGACUGAAUCGAAGGAGGCUGCCUCCCAAUUGAUGUCUAAGAAAGGGGACUUGGGUGAUAUUAGACUACGUUACACUUUGACUGAUACUGAGGGCGCUCUUGUAAAUCCUGAUGAAGAAAUGGGAAGAUUACAGGUACCCCCACAUAAGAGAACUUUCCUAAUUUCACCACCAACAUCACCACCACCUGAAUUCGAUUACUCUAGAUGUGAGGAGCCCCCUGAUAGAGUUGGACCAACCGAUCUUAGCGGAGAAACUGACUUUGAAGAGUCAGAAACCGAUAAUGAAGGUCAAAGAACGCUUUUAUCAAGUUCAGCUGGUACUAUCACAAUUAAGCCUGCAGAAACAUUGAGAGAUAGGAAGCAGGAACCAUUGCCACAUACUGCUUUGCCUCCCAAGUCAAUCUUUGACGAAGAAUAA